AUGUCCGUGUCAUCGGUGGGCACAAUGAACGGCAACGAGCUGCGGCCACUUCGUCGUCCAAGGGAACCGACGAUGGGUGAGCUGUUCGCACCACGGAUCAAAGAACGAGGAUCGAUAUCAGCCGAUCAGGCGCUCAUCCAUAUGAUUAAGGUUAUGAUGGGCACCGGUAUGUUAUCACUGCCGUUGGCUUUCAAACAUUCUGGAUUAUGGCUUGGCAUGUUUCUACUAGCCGCUAUUUGUUUGAUUUGUAUAUUUUGUACGCGACAACUCGUCCUUUCACAACAUUACAUUGGUUUUUUGAAAUCUCAACCCCGAUUAGAUUACGCGAAUGUGAUGCGCUCAGCGGUCGAGAUCGGUCCUCCGUGGAUAAGAGAUCGCGGUUAUUUUUGGAAGCAAGUAGUCAACGUGAACAUGUUCAUGGCGCAGUUCGGUUUUUGUUGCGUGUAUUUCGUGUUUAUGGCGGACAAUCUCAAGCAGUAUUUUCCGUGGAAUUGCAUUAGAUCCACGAAUGGAGAAAAUUUACAAAAGAACUUAUGUCUUUCUCCCUAUUAUUAUACCUUUGUAUCUGUUAAGUUCUUUGACCAAACAUCACAAAUCCAUAUCUCACAAGCCGGUUGGAUCGCCUUGCUGGUGGUUCCACUGAUGGCACUCUGCACAAUCAGAGAACUGAAGGCCUUAGCUCCUCUGGCAGCCCUAGCAAAUGCGGUCUAUCUGGUAGCGGUCUGCAUCGUGCUGCAGCAGCUUUUCCAAUACGAUCGUCCUGCUAGCUCAUUACCGGCCGUCGCCAACUGGUCAACAUUGCCGCUUUUCUUUGGCACCGUCAUGUUCGCUUUUGAAGGAGUCGCUGUGGUGCUGCCGAUUGAGAAUCAAAUGGAUGAACCACUGCAUUUCAUCACUCACCACAAUGGUGUACUGAACACUGCAUGCCUACUUGUACUCGUUCUGUAUAUGACCGUCGGAUUUUUUGGAUAUUUGCGGUUUGGCAACGACAUUAUGGAUACUCUCACGUUGAAUUUACCACAGACAAACUUCUAUCAAGUGAUUAAGCUGAUGUUCGUAGCUUGUAUACUAGUUUCAUAUCCACUUCAAUUCUAUGUUCCCAUGGAACGCAUUGAGAAAUGGAUCAAACGCAAGGUGGGGUCGUUUCAUAUUUCUUGA